AGCCCGGAGGUUUGGGCCGCCUGGUCAAGCACGCCUGCGCACUGAACACCCGUGAGGCCAUCUGCUCAACAGCGCCUGUGCAGCGCGACUCAGCCGUGUGGCUGCGGGGGACUGUCCCAGGAAGUCCCGGAUGGAUAGGCGUCGCACCCGGAAGUUAAGAGGCUCCGCGACGGAGCGGCAGGGCGCGCGGCAGAGCCCCGAGUAACCCACUUUCUCGGGAGGGAACCACCUCGUCAGGUCGGCGCUGCGGGCUACAGCCGGCCUGGUUGACCAUGGCCCUUUCUGUGGAGACCGAGUCGCACAUAUACCGAGCUCUGCGCACUGCAUCUGGGGCUGCUGCCCACAUUGUGGCACUGGGCUUCACCAUCUUUGUGGCUGUACUUGCCAGGCCUGGCUCCAGUCUCUUCUCCUGGCACCCUGUGCUUAUGUCUCUGGCUUUCUCUUUCCUGAUGACCGAGGCACUGCUGGUGUUCUCUCCUGAGAGUUCGCUGCUGCGCUCCCUCUCGCGGAAGGGCCGAGCACGCUGCCACUGGGUUCUGCAGCUGCUAGCCCUGCUGUGUGCACUGCUGGGCCUGGGCCUUGUCAUCCUUCACAAGGAACAGCUUGGCAAAGCCCACCUGGCCACGUGGCAUGGGCGGACAGGGCUGCUAGCUGUGCUGUGGGCAGGGCUGCAGUGCUCAGGUGGGGUGGGGCUGCUCUACCCCAAAUUGCUGCCUCGAUGGCCCCUGGCCAAGCUCAAGCUGUACCAUGCCACUUCUGGGUUGGUGGGCUACCUUCUGGGUAGUGCCAGCCUCUUGUUGGGCAUGUGCUCACUCUGGUUCACUGCCACAGUCACUGGUGGGGUCUGGUACCUGGCUGUGCUAUGCCCUGUCGUUACCAGCUUGGUCAUUAUGAACCAGGUGAGCAACGCCUACCUGUACCGCAAGAGGAUCCAGCCAUGAGCUUUUCCCAGAACUAGGGGAAGCCUGGAUUUGCCCCUCAGUGUGGUAGCCGGGGCUGAGACCUCCUGGACUCUCUCAGUUGACUCGGUCACGGGACACCUCAGGCCCUGGUGCGGUCACGGGUAGCCGGAGUCCUUUGUGUGACACUAUUACUUGCUCCUCAUGCUGGAGUACCUCUCCUUUCCUUCUUUUUCUGCCAUCCCAGAGGAGUUUAUGGAUCAUGUGUCUGGAUGAAGUUGGGUUUCAAGACUGCCCCCUGCCCACAGCAACUCAACUUGUGCUGGUAUGUCCAGAAAUGAGAUAAGAGAAAAAAGUAAAAUAAAAUUUUAAA